AUGUCUAAUCUGGUUUUUGGAUUUUUUUGUCUUAAGAGGCGCGUCAAAAUCCUAAGACACUCUCCCUUUAAAAACACGUUUUAUAGAAUUGUAAUUACUACAUUUGUUUUAUUUUGUUACAAAAAACUACUGCCUUAUCUUAUUUUUCUAAUCUAA